AUGACCCUGCUAACAGCCCGACAGCAACAAACCUCUUCUCUGUAUACAAUAGGAGCAUCGACGGGCAUGGUUAAGUCUGAAGGCCCUAUUUUACUCCAGUACGGUAGUGCCAUAUUUCUUACCUUAUUUUACCUGGCCGGGACCCACCGUGGGAAAAUCUUCCGCCUAGCCGCAUUACAUAGUACUGUUCAACCAAUCCGAGCCACCGUGUAGUUUUGUUACCUGUCUGUAUUCCAAUGUACGGGCACAGGUCCCAAUCUGGCUUUUCCUUUGAGAGUACAGUACUAACCCCGAGCACGUAUGUACCUUUGGCCGUCUCUCUG